UGGGCAGAGAUGCGGACCAAAAUGAGCAUCAUGGGCUUCCACGCUGAAUCCAUCAAGCCACUGAACGAGGUGGCAGCGGCCGAGCUGGGCGCGAACCUGCUGGGCGAGGCCAUCAUCUUUGGCUGCGCUGGCAGCUGCCUGCUGCUGGAGUUCUGGCGCCAGCAGUCAAUGAGGCGCCGCAAGGAAGGGGAGCGCAUAGCCUCACUGCUGUCGUUGAGGGAGGACUUGGACCGCCUGGAGCAGGCGCUGAACAAGCUGCAAGUGCAGGUGCAGGUGGCCGUGCAGAGGAGCGAGCUGGACCAGCUGAGGGCCGAGCUGCGGGCGGAGCUGGAGGAGUUCAAAGGCCAGAUCUGCACGGAGCGCCAGGAGCCCGAACCCGAGCCGGAGCCCCAGCCCCAGGCCCCCGAAGCCUCCUUGUAG